GGCGCGAGACGCUACCGUAUCUCUUGAUAUCAACUGGAUAUGAGAUGUCACGGCCUUUUUUCACAACUUGAAUAAUUUUGACCGACGUAUAAAUAUUUACAUUCAAAUAGAAAACCAAGUAUUUCUUCAUUCUUUUGUACUGAACAUUUUUCGACAGAAAGGUUUGUAUUGUAUUUAGUUACCUGGCUCUAGUUAGUUGAAUCGGACACAAUGUCAGAAAUUAUUGUAACUAAAGAAAACGUGUGGCAAUAUUACGAGAAAUUGUCGGAUUGGGUAGCAAAAUGCAAGUUUUGUGCAAAUAAAUAUAUGUAUAUCGACGAUCGAUGGUUUUAUGAACAUAUACAAAGAACACAUCAAGAAAUAUUUGAAUACGAAACAUAUGAAGGACGACAAGAAUGGCCGUGGAUAUAUUUCAAGUAUGCGUAUAGUUAUACGCAUCCGUUAUCCAAUAUAUGCACCUUAUAUUUAAAAUGUCUUCUCUGUGGUGUAAAUUGUGAUCAUUCUACUAUUGAAUCUUUAGUAAAUCAUUUACGCAAUCAUUCUAACAAUAAGAAAGAACUGGAAGAUUACGUGUUUCACGAUUGGGUGAAGAAAUAUUGUACAAAAUGUACUGAUUUUACAAUGGACUGUAAUUUGUGUUUCUUAAGUAAAUACAAUUUUUCUUUGGAGAACCAUUUAAAUGAACAUAUAACUACACAUUCGGACAAUUUGGGAAAUGAGCUAGAAACAUAUGACAUAGUCACUUCGUUAGAAUACGUUCAGGAUUCAAAAAUUAUAGAAAUUCAAACAAACAUGUGGGAAUAUUAUUAUAACAAUUUGCCGUAUUUUCAAGCAAAAUGCAAAUUUUGCGUCUUUCAGUGUUGUUACGUAGAUAUUAUAAAUCUCCACAGCCAUAUAGAAACAGAGCAUAAAAAAAUCUUUGAUUGCGAAAAAAUACUCGAAGGAGCAAAAUCGCCAUGGAUGUAUUUUAAGUAUUCGUACCAAUAUAUUUCCAAUAAAUACAGAUUUUAUUCAAUAUGUUUAAUCUGUGGUGUAAUUUUUCCGUUUACUAUGAAAUCUUUAAAAAAUCACUUAACGCACCAGCAUUCUGAUGAAGAACUAAAGAAUUACACGGGAAUAUUUCACGAUUGGAUAUGGAAAUAUUGCAGACAAAGUGAUGAUAAUAAUGAAGUAAAGUGUAACAUUUGUUGCAAAAACGUAUCUGUUUAUAUUUCUACUGCUAUGUAUCAUGCAAUUAAAGAGCAUCCAGAAGAAUUGCAACGGAAUAUCUCCAAAAAAAAAACGCAAAAACUGUGGCAAAAUUACAUAGAUUUGAAGGAUUUUCAAGCAAAGUGCCGAUUUUGCAAUUUUCAAUUUUAUUACAUCAAUACAACAAACUUUAGUGAACACGUAAAAGAAAAGCAUGUGGAAAUAAAUAAGCACGAAGAAGCAUACGGCGAAAAAUGGCCGUUCAAGUAUUUCAAGUAUCUUAACUCAGUUGUCUUACAAUGUUGCCUCUGUAAUUUAAUUUGUUCAUUUAAUAAGCAUGACUUGAUAAAUCACUUAUAUCAUUAUCAUUUUUCUUACGUUUUCAUAUCGAAUUACAAUUAUAACUGCUGGAUAUGGAAAUAUUGUGAAAAAAGAGGAGAAGUUGAGGUGCAAUGUAGUAUUUGUAGCAGCAAUAUAUCUCUUGAUGUUCCGUUGUUGUACUUCAAUCGUCACAUUGAAGACAUACAUCCCAAUAGACUGACAAGUACACAGAAAACGUAUGACAUAGCUGGACCAUCAGGAAGCCAACCAAAUUGAAGAAAACAGAUUUAUCCAGAAUUUGACAACGGAAUGAUGAUAACGGCGUUCAAGUAGUAUCACAAUCAACAAUAAUGGCAAUCUUAAUUUUGACGAUUCAAAUAAUUUGAAAUACACGAGAUGACUUGUUCCACA